AUGGGCUCUCGUGUUGAGAUACUGAACGAUGGCGGGUACCGCUCGGACGGGCGACGGCAGUAUGAACUUCGUGACAUCAACAUCGAUAUGACGCACCAAGGCCCUGCGGAUGGGUUUGCGACAGUUAGCCAUGGACUCACGGAAGUGUCCGUCUCCGUCUUUGGUCCUCGCGAGGCGAGGUUGAGGAGCCAAACCAUCCACGAUCGAGCGAACAUAAACGUGGAAGUGAAUAUCGCGCCUUUCAGCACAGGCGACCGGAGAAGACGGAAUCGAGGAGACAAACGCAUCCUCGAGUUCGGCGCUACUAUCAAAUCCACCUUUGAACCCGUCAUUCAAACCUCAUUAUACCCCCGCUCACAAAUAGACAUACACGUGCUAGUCCUCCAACAAGAUGGGGGUGUCCUGCAAGCUUGCAUAAACGCGACCACCCUAGCGCUGAUAGAUGCCGGCAUACCACUUCUAGAUAUUCUCUGUGCUGUCACUGGCGGCGUGCACUCCACCUCCCCCCUACUGGACCUCACGAACCUAGAAGAGAACGACGUCCCGCACAUCACGGUCGCGAUCAUGCCCAGGACAGGAAAGGCAACGCUGGCGACCAUGGAGACCAGGCUACAUGUGGAUCGUUUCGAGGAGGUGUUCAAAAUCGCAUGCGAAGCAGCGCACGUGCUGCACACGGAGAUGAAGGCCGCGGUGAAAAACAGGACGGCAGCUCUGGCGUCUGCCAUGGGUGCAGGUCCCAAACCGCCGUUACGGACGGACGACGACGAUAUGAUGCAGGAAUACUAG